GUUCCUCGCGGCCUACGACCUGCGGCAGGGCCAGGCGGCGCUGGCGCAGCUGCAGGCUGAGCUCAACGAGCGGCGCCAGGAGCUGCAGCCCAAGAAGCGCUUCGCCUUCAAGGCGCGGAAGAAGGACGCUGCCGCGGCCGCCCAGGCCGACGCCGCUCCUGUGGCCUCGGCCAGCCCCGCGCCGCCCUCGACCAAGGAGGAGGGAGCUCCCGAGCUCAGCUGGGCCUGUGGCUUCUCCAACCUGGAGUCCCAGGACUUGGAGAAGAGAGCCGACGAGCUCCGCCAGCGCGACAUCCUCUUGAGCGACCUGACCAACUGCACUGUCAGACUGCGUGGCAACCCCAACACCUUACGGCUGGCCAAGGCCCGCGGCUGCAAGGUGCUCUGUGGCCCGGUGUCCACCUCUGUGUUCCUGGAGGACUGUCGUGAUUGCAUACUGGCUGUGGCUUGCCAACAGCUCCGAGUACACACUACCAAAGACACCCGAAUCUUCUUGCAGGUGACCAGCAGGGCCAUCGUGGAGGACUGCAGCGGUAUCCAGUUGGCCCCUUACACCUGGAACUACCCGGGCAUCGACAAGGACUUCCAGGACUCCGGUUUAGAUAGGAGCAGAAAUAACUGGAACCAGGUUGACGAUUUCAACUGGCUGGCCCGAAAUGUGGCCUCCCCGAACUGGAGUAUUCUCCCUGAAGAGGAGCGGGACAUCCAGUGGGACUGAGCACUGAGCCAUUAGCCACACUCAGCCACAUCCCAUUCAGUUUACUUAAAGUUGUCACAUUGUUUAUGUUUACGAUAUUAGGGGCUUGAAAUUGUUGAAAUUUUCCUACUUGUGAGUUCCAUUAAAUUCAUGACAGAUGUAACGGGG